AUGUCAAACAACAACAACAAUUCAGAAUGCAAGUGCUCUAAAUGCUCUUCCAAUAGCAUGGGAUUUGUUUUGGUGUCUACCCAAACACUCAGAAGACAUGCACAACAGGAUAUCGUGAGACAAUAUCAGUCAGGAUCUUCUUCCUCAGUUAUAGAAGUAAUGUCGAAUGACAAUGACAUGGAGAUUGACUUUGAAUACAAUGUUGAUGCCGAAGAUCAAGUUGAAGCCGAAGACUUACCUCUUUUUGGCAUUGAUUCCUUGUUUGAUUCUGAAAGCGAAGAUGAGGGUGUCAUUGAAGCAACCAUUUUGGAUAUUUCUGACGAUGAAUCUGAUGAUGUUAGAGAGCACUUUUCUUCAUCCAAUAUGCCAGUCGAUCCUACUCAUGCUUUCAUUGCUUCUUUUGCUGCCUUCUUCAUAUCCAAAUAUGUUGUCAAUUCUGGUGGUGCUGUUCUGUUAAAGUUUCUUAACGAAGUAUUGGCACACUUUGGACAGUCUUUCCGUCUUCCCCUCAGUAUAAGCGGUGUCAACUCUAUGACCGUAUACAAAGAGUCUGAUGUUGUUCCAGAGUGCUGUAAUUUCGAGAGACUCUCUGGUAGAGAAUGUGGAAACGCUCUUUUCUUUGCAACAUCAAGAGCCUUGACUAUCCCCAAAAAGAUCUACAUCAGUGAUGCACAGAGAAAGAGAUUGGAGAGGGAAAAUGGUGUCCGAUGGUCAGAAUUGCAUGACCUGGUUUACUUUAACCUCGUGGAGUGCACUGUCAUCGAUCCGAUGCACAACCUGUACCUCGGAACAGCAAAGAGGAUAAUGGAGAAAUGGAGAUCUUCAGGUCUCAUCACAGAUGCACACUUGGCCGAAAUGCAGUUGGAUGCUGACAAGCUUGUACUACCAGAGGACUACACGCCAUUAGGGACAAAGAUCGGGCGUGGCUUCCCAUUCAUGAAGGCCGACGAGUGGAAGUCUUGGUGCUUGGUGUACUCUCCUGUUCUCCUGCGUGGUUGUCUACCUGAAGCUCAUCUCGGUAACUGGACAACGUUUGUCAAUGCAUGCCAGUACCUCUCAAUGCCAAGCAUAUCCAUGGCUCACCUUGAUGAAGCCCAUCAAUCUUUGGAGGCUUUCUGCAGAGAGUGCGAGAAGUUGUAUAAAGCCCCAUUCCUUUCACCAAACAUGCAUCUCCAUCUUCAUCUGCGAGAGACUGUACUGAACUUUGGCCCAGUUUAUGGCUAUUGGCUUUUUAGUUUCGAAAGAUGCAAUGCCACUUCCACUUCCACUGCCACCUCAUUCCAAUUCGAUAUCAAUGCUUUUCUUGAUUCUCCUGAGAUCAACUUUGAUAUCGUCAAGGGAAACGAGCCUUUGCCCCCUUCCGCACUUCCUUUAGCUCUAAAGGGGGAGAUUUCCAUGGAUGAAUCCAAGUAUGAGCAUUUGUUGGAAUACUAUCGCGAGACAUACGAUGAUCAAACUCUUGUUCAUUAUCAUCAGGCUGGUCAUUCCGAUAAUUUUGUUAACAAUCAGAUACAGAAGUUUGAAUCAAUCAAUCUUCUUAGGCAAAUCUACAAGAGCAAAACAAAGAAUCAGCGUGGGUCGUUCAUGCAAGCCUUGUUUGAGACAAGUGAUGGUAGAAGUACCAAGUCAUAUGCGGGCCAAAUUCAGUACCUCUUUGUCAAUACUGCUGUAAACUCGUUUGCUGGUCAUGCGAGCCAGCAUGUAUUUGCAUAUGUACGAUGGUACAAGGAAGUUUUACUUCAGCCCAGAGCAGGAGAAGGAGUUGAGGUGAAUGAGGUGGGGCUCGAAGAUGACAGCAUGAACAGCAUUCUCCCAGUGCAUAGAAUCUGCUAUCCAGUUGCAGUAGGCAAGCACCUUGGUCUAGAAGGCGAAGUUCAGAUGUGUGUAGUUCCUUUGCCACAAAAAAUAUAUAUUUAG